CUUGAAAUGUCACAAUAAUGAGAGAAAAAAUCCAUGAUUUUCCCUCAUCCCUUCAUUUCCAGCUCCAAUCCAAAGAUUUCCACUUCUUCUCUUCACCCCCCCAACAUUUCCUUUCCAUCUCCCUAUUAGACAAUUUUUUAACGAACAAACUCCCAAUUUUAUAUAUGUUUGACUUCCUGAAUCACUCCCAGGAGAAGAGAGAGGGAAAGGAAGAAGAACAAACAAGUAGCAGGCGGCAACCGGCGCAAAUCCUGCAGACAGAACAUGGUGAAACAUGAAAUCAUCAUCAAAUUCAUGUCUUCCCUCCUCUUCUCCUUGUUCUUCUUCUUCUUAUUAUCCUCCCUUCCACUCUCCGCCGUCUCCCAACUGUCACCAGCUCAGACAGCAGCCGUCAUCGACAUCGCCGGGAAGCUCACGAACAACUCCGCCGCCGUCCCCUGGAGCCCUUCCAGGCAGCCUAAUCCUUGUUCAUGGCGAGGAGUGCUCUGUUCAGCCGAUAAUUCGUCCAUAACAGCUCUUUCCCUAUCUGGGUUUGGUCUCUCUACCUCUGAUUUCUUACUCGAUGUCUGCAAGAUUGAAUCUUUACUCUCCCUCGAUGUUUCCAACAACCAUUUGAGCUCAAUCCCUGAUGGGUUCAUCGCCGGUUGUAGCGGGAUGGAUGGGUUGAAAUUUUUGAAUUUCAGCAGAAAUCAGUUAGUGGGUUCUUUGCCGGUUCUCAAAGGGUUUAUAGGGUUGGAAACUCUGGAUUUGUCUUUCAAUUCAUUAUCUGGGAAUGUUAGUUUUCAGCUGGAUGAAUUGCAAUCCCUGAAAAGCUUGAAUCUUAGUUGGAAUGAGUUCAGUGGUUUGAUUCCUGGGAGAAUCGGGAAUUCAACUGGAUUAGAGGAGCUUGUUCUUUCUGUGAACAAAUUCAUUGGAGGAAUCCCUAGGGAAAUUGGGGAUUACAGGAACUUGAGCUUGAUUGAUCUCAGUGUCAAUCAUCUCUCGGGUUCUGUUCCUACCGAAAUCGGAUCCCUCACCAGGCUGAAGGUUCUGAUUCUGUCAGCCAAUCAGUUGAGUGGAGCAAUCCCACCAUCAGUUUCGAGCAUUCCAGCAUUGGAGAGGUUUGCUGCAAAUCAAAACCAGUUUGAUGGCAGCAUUCCAAUGGGGCUAACAAACUUUCUUAGGCUACUAGACCUCAGCUACAACAACUUAACUGGUCCAAUUCCAGAUGAUUUGUUAGCACAGCCAAGGUUGACGACUGUCGAUCUCUCUUACAACUCGUUGAAUGGUGCAAUCCCUGCGAACUUAUCUUCGUCCUUGUUUCGCCUGAGGCUGGGGAGCAAUGCGCUGAAUGGAAACAUUCCUGCCUCAUUUGCUUCACUUAAGAGUCUGACAUAUUUGGAGCUGGACAAUAACAGCUUGAGUAAUGUAGUUCCUGGUGAACUGGGUUCUUGCCGGAAGUUGGCCUUGUUGAAUUUGGCUGAGAAUGCGUUGACUGGUUUCCUCCCUGAAUCAGUUGGAAAUCUUGUCAAUCUCCAAGUUCUGAAGCUUCAAACCAACCGUCUGAUCGGUCUCAUCCCGGAAGAAAUCACCCAGUUAUUGAAUUUGUCAAUCCUCAACAUCAGCUGGAACUCACUGAAUGGUUCAAUACCUCCUUCAUUGUCAAACUUGCAAAAGCUUACUCACUUAACUUUGCAAGGCAACCAUCUCAGUGGAAGCAUACCAGUCACAAUCAGCAAAAUGAACUCUCUAAUCGAGCUCCAGCUUGGUCAGAACCAGCUGACCGGUUUAAUCCCACAAAUGCCAGUCAAAUUGCAGAUUGCUUUGAAUCUCAGCAGUAACCAUCUCGAUGGCCAUAUCCCAAACAGUCUAGCACAACUACGAGACUUGGAAGUUCUCGAUCUCUCAAACAACAACCUCUCUGGAGAGAUUCCGGAUUCCCUCGUCCGAUUAUCUUCCUUAAUCCAACUCUCACUCUCGAACAACAACUUGUCUGGAACUGUUCCACCUUUCAGAAGCUUUGUAGCUCUUAACACAACUGGAAAUGAUGAACUCGUGUUCCCUCCCGCGAAACAAACCCCACCGCCUCCUCAGAAAAGGAAGAGGUCAGUAGCCAUGGGAGUCAUUCUUGCUGCUGUAUCUGCAGUUCUAGCUGUUGCUGUGGUCGCCAUCGCUGUUCUCUUGUUCUCGAGACGUGUUCUCAAAGUUAACAACGAUCAGCAAUCCGAGCCAGGGGAAAAUGAUCAUUUCGUCGGACCACCUCAGCAUGUCAUCCAUGGCAACCUCCUGACAUCGAGUGGAAUGCACAAAUCAAGCAUCGACUUCUUCAAAGCAAUGGACGUGGUUGCCAACCCUGCAAACAUCGUGCUCAGGACGAGAUUCUGCACUUACUAUAAGGCCAUCAUGCCUUCAGGAGCAAUCUACUUGGUCAAGAAGCUCAACUUGAGUGAGAAGAUUUUUCAGACGAAUGGUCACGAUAAGUUCACUGAGGAAUUGGAGGUGUUGGGUAGGUUGAGCAAUUCAAAUGUGAUGACACCAUUGGCGUAUGUGUUGACAGAGGACAGUGCUUAUCUGUUCUAUGAGAACUUCAAUCAGGGUUGUCUUUUUGACCUUCUUCAUAAGGUCGACAAAGAGAAGAUGGUUGUUGAUUGGCCUAGCCGGUAUAGUAUAGCUGUGGGAGUAGCUCAAGGAUUAGCUUCUCUCCAUGGAUGUAGUACUGGACCGAUUCUUCUGCUGGACCUUUCGAGCAGGAAUGUUCUGCUGAAGUCUAUGAAGGAGCCUGUUGUUGGAGAUAUUGAGCUGUGCAAGGUCAUUGAUCCUUCAAAGAGCACCGGCAGCCUUUCUAUGGUCGCUGGCUCUGUGGGUUACAUCCCUCCAGAGUAUGCUUACACGAUGAGGGUAACGAUGGCCGGAAAUGUCUACAGCUUUGGAGUGAUCCUGCUCGAACUGGUUACAGGGAAACCAGCAGUGAGUGAUGGGAUCGAAUUGGCCAAGUGGGCUGCCAGCAACUCGAAGAAUCAAGACAGGUGGGACGGGAUCAUUGACGGUAACAUCAUCAGCAGAGGCUCACUUGCUAUGAGGAGCCAAAUGCUUUCUGUUCUUAAGGUUGCUCUCAGUUGCGUCAGUACCUCGCCAGAGACAAGACCGAAGAUGAAGAGCGUGUUGCGUAUGAUCCUUAACGCCCGGUGAGAGUGCCCCUCUUCAUCUGAUACCACGAGACUAGACGUUCGAAGAUCACAGCUUUAUGUACAGGUAAAGAAGCUGCAUUGGUGUUUGUGUACACUAUUUGCUCCUGUUCUACAGGUAUUAUUACGAAGUGUUAUACCAAUUUUGUUGUCGUGCAAUGUAGUAUUUGUAUUAGAGCUUCUGUUGAUCAUAGGUAAAGUCUAUGAAGCGAUCUGUUGAGGAUCAUUCUUGAAGGUUAUAGUGAAAAGGGGGAAAUGGAGAAUGCACACAUAUGCAUUAUCAUAUCAAGAGUUCCAUCUUCUCUGCAUAAAAUACUACUAUACUAGGGCAGGAAAUGAAUCAUGAAUGUAUAACUUCUUGAAGACAUAGCUAGUAAUAAAGGGUCAUUAUUCACUUACUGUGACGAAAAUUCGUUCAGCAUCUUCCAAUCAAUCUUCACAUAAUAAUCCUACCUUGUCUUCGCAUAGAAACUGUUCGACAAAAUGGCACGACAAGUAUCCUUCGCCCUUCGCAUUAGCGAUGUCUUCCUUCCCCCUGCCAAAGAAACCAUGGAUGGAACAUAAGCUACACGCUCCAAGAGCAUUCGAUGCCACUUAUGAUCAACAACCCCGUUGUCCAUGUCUAUGUCAACCCUAUCCUUCCGGCAGUUGGACCACCGGACGAAGAACUUGCCAUGCUCCAAAACCCCUGCAUCAGGAACCUGAUCUCCAGCUUCAACAUUGUACAGCCUAAUCCAAGCACAUUCCUUCCUCUCGAGCGCCACGUAGUCCAGCGCCACCCAAACCUCCAAGAAGAUGCCGGAUGUCGUCCUUGUUCUGUUUCCAGAGCAAACCGCGACCAAGCACGACGACGACCACGACCCGCCUUUCGCAAUGUGAAACGAAUGUCUAGUACUAUACGGGAUUGUUGUUGUUGUUGAUGAUGAUGAUUUCUCGCGCUGCUGUUUUACUGGCGGCUUCGGCAGGCGCAGGACCGUGAACGCUUCCCUGCUCAUGUUGAAGGUAGUGAGCUCAAGGUGUUCAGGACCAAUUAGACGAAUCCAGUGGCAAUUCGACAAUUUGGGAGCUCGAGAGGACACCAGGCCGACUCUGUCGCCGCCGGGGACCGGCGACGACGGCCCGUAAUUGCGGAGGCGCCUCCACGAGUUUUUUCCCCUCAGGCUGUAGACGUAAAUCUCCUGGGGCGAUUUUGCAUCCCAGGGCCAGAUCCAAACGAUUACCUUGUAGUCCCCUGUUUCCGGGUCGAACCCGAACCCGAAUUCUCGCCCGCAAGCGGCGAGAUUGGGGAGGGAGGAGGGGAUUGGCUUCAACGGCUUCGCUUCCGAUGUGGUGGGGUUCCAGAGGAUGAUUUCCCACUUGUUGAAGCGGUCGGCGAUGCAGAAUAUCCCGCCGGAGCAGCAGGCGACGAAAGGGAGGAGCAGAGUAUCCGACCCGGGGAGGUGACCCGAGGAUACGGGUCGGAGCGUGGCGUGGGAGUGGAUGGAGUACCAAAGUCGCCCGGCGUGGGGGUGGGAUAGAACAUGAGCCUCCUCCUCCUCCUCGCCGCCGUCGGAGAAGAGGAUCUUGGCGAUGAAUUCGGUGUCGUCGGAGAGGAGGCGGCGCCACGAUUUGCUGACGCAGCGGAAUCGGGCGAUGGAGGCAGGGGUCGGCAGCCUGGACAGGAUCUCCGUCUGUAGCUCCUCCGGUAGGCAGCGGUCGGCGUGGCGGCGGGGUACGGGGCUUCUUUUUCCGGCCGCAGACAUCGUCUUAAUUAGAGGAAAUCUCAUGAUCAGAGAUCGGCUAGGUUUUUUGAUCGGCGAUCGGAAGUUCAAAUUGCUCGCUUUAAUGUAACACUUCCUUUCAGAACUAGGUAUCUAGGGUUUGAUUAUUAUUACGUAGUGAGGUCC